AUGCCUUACUACUGCACAGUGCCGCGUUGCACGUCAAUGGCCGGAAAGGUGAAAAACGUUUCAUUUCACCAAUUUCCAAGGGAUGAAGAGCUUGCAAAACUAUGGAACGAUAUAUUGAAACGGGGAAAACCAUACACGAAGUACUCUAAAGUGUGCAGUCUACAUUUCAAGCAAGAAGAUUACACAAUAACAAGCGCAGGAAAGAAUAAAGGUCAAUGGAGGACUCUCCGCAAAGAUGCUAUACCAUCACAAAACCUGCCAUCAGAUACACCGGCUCCGUACACAAGAAGACAGACCGGUUCCUGGGCACCCAGCAGUGUCCCUGCAAUAGAUCCACAGUUACACCAGCAGGCGCAACAGCUCGCUCAAGCUAUAUAUGUGCAGACCAUGCUAGCCAUGCAAGCUGUCAGCGUUCAGGAUGCCAUGGCUAAUGGAUUUUCUAAUGGUCCACCACCAUUCCCCCAGCCGUACCAAUCAAAUUCCACAAUAUCGCCUACAGAAAGGGAACCAGAUUUACAACCUACCCAGGCACCAAACCCUCUCAGGACAGACUUUGAACACACUUCAUACAAAUGUAACGAUUGCUCCAAAUGGUUUAAAGAUCCAGAUGUUUUCUUACUUCAUAAAAGGACUCAUAAAGACGCCCAAUCAACGAACGGUAAGGAGAAUUUAGAUCUGAACUCUAUAAAACCAGAGAUGUUGAAAGCUAAUCCGAUUUUAGCGAAUCUAUUAAAGAAUUCAGUUGAUAAAGACAUUUUUGCGGCUAAUAUUUUAGAAAAGCAACUACUGGUUAGUUUUUCGAAUAUGGAGGAUUAUUUUAAGAGUGUCGCGAAUAAAUAUAAUUGUGAUAGUUCGUCUUUAGAUAAUAGUAAUCUUGUUAUAGAUGAAAAUAUCGCUUAA